CUAGAUGAUAAUGAAGAGCUACGAGUACACAGUAAUGCCUUUUGGUCUCACGAAUGCGCCCUCUACAUUCCAACUGACCAUGAAUGGCGUGUUCCGCGAUCUACUCAACAAGUGUGUCAUCGUCUAUCUGGAUGACAUUCUGAUCAUCAGCAAGACCUGGGAACAACACCUCAAGGACCUCGACCAGGCCUUUCAACGGCUGCAGCAGAAUCGGCUCAUCACCAAGGGGUCUAAGUGCGAGUUCCUAAAAUCAGAACUGGAAUUUUUAGGACACGUCAUUGGAGGAGACGGCAUUAGAAAAUUACCACCAUCCGCGACCGGAAGCCGCCCACGAAUCACCUAGAGCUGCAGAUUUUUCUCGAGUUC